CUUGGGGGCAAAAGGCAUUUGGCAGAUGAGCUGGCGUGGGGGGAAAGGGUUAGAAGCCAGCCCCUGGCUGCGGCUGACCCCAAAGCGACCUGGAACUGCAGAGAAGAGCUUCCUAAAAGCACACUAUGAGCCAGGAGGGGGUUUGCAGCAGCUCCACCUCCGAUGCUCAGGCUCUGGAACUGAACGCGCCCAGGCCCACUGCACCCAGUAAGAACGCUCAGUCCCUCUCCCCAGGCCAGCCUCCAUUCAACAGGCAGCUGGGGCCCACGAAGGCACCAGGUGUACCAACUGGCCACCAUGGUGGAGGGGGCCGCAGGAGGAUGCUGUGAAGCUCUAGAGACUGAGCAGAGGUACCAGACAACAGACCCAAGGCGACUGCACCUCACUCCUGAAGAACCCAGCCUCGGGUUUAGGGGCGGCCUGGGAAUGGGCAGAGUAACCUCCUCGGUCCACUGUGGGAUAACUGCAACUAAUCCUUCUCUCUUCCAGCCAAAGGCCCCAGAUCCAGACCACGGGCCAUGGGAAGGGAAACACUGCAGGAGUCGACGCUGCAAGCGGGGAACGGCAGUGUCGUCGGAUUUGUGGGGCCCCAGGACGACAGUUCCCCAGCGUGGCACACCGCCCGCCCACCCCGUCCCUGGGGCAGGAUUGAGGCCGCUCAACUCUGCCCCUUUUCUCGAGACGGCCACCUCAUCUGUCAUCGAAAAGUUGUCACUGCUCCCCAGAGCGCACCAGAGAUGAGGAAGAGCCUAGCAGGAACGGGGUGGGGGGUGGGACUCUGCGCCAAAGGGACGCAUCCGCCCGCCUAGUUGGCGGGGGUAACGGUGUCUUAUCUGAAGUCACCACCGCGGGCGCCGCCCCCGCUCCCUCACCAGCCGGCCUAGAGGGUUCCUCUCCAAUACUGAAAGGCACCCCCUUCAGAGACAGGAAAAGCAGGGGUGUCAGGAUGGGGACAAGAGCAGGGCAGAACAGACAAGCCAUGCAGAGCAAAGGGUCUCGGAGGGGAGUCCCGUGCGGCUGGAGGAAGAAAUGGGAGGAGGGGGGAAGAAGGCAGCCGGGGAAGGGAGGAGAGGAAGGAGGGAGAAAAAGGGAGGAGGGAAAGAGGAGGGAGAAGAGGAAAGGAGGGAGAGGGAGGAGAUGGAGGGAGGGAAAGAUCCAAGGACCCAGCGGGCUUUGCACUCACCCGUGUUGUACACGUGCAGCUCGUCCACUAUCCCCUCGUUGCCGCCGCCAAACACCACGAUGAGCUCCUUGAUGGCCACGGCCCGGUGGCCGUGGCGGGGCCGGGGCACUGGACCCGACCAGCCCACCACUCGCUUCCAGCGGGGCUGUAAGAGCACUGCUGGCGAGUUGGCGGGUGACACGGCCGAAGCCAUAGUUCCGGGAAAGGGCGCGGUGGAGAAAAGUCGCCAAGUGGGAAGGGAGCCCCCCAAUUCCGCUCACACACCACCCCUCUUCGUCUAAGGUGGCUCUCACUGAGAAACUGAUCCUCACACAGCGGUGGACGGCUCCAUGGAGGCCGCCAUCUUAACUAUUUUCUCCUUCCCUUCUCCUCUUCCCCUUCUUCUCGCUUACCGCGUCUUGUCGAGAGCCUCUUGAAACUGUCAAGCGCCUGGACCCGAGAAGCUGGAGGCCGUCGAGUCCCGCCGCCCUGACUACUUGCCUGGGAGCUCCCACUUACAAGCUCGAGCGGGAGGCCCUGGGAGCCGCCAUCUUGAGCCGCCUCUCUCUCCUCCCUUCCUCAGUCGUAGCCCUCCCCUGCCGGAAAUGGCGGAGCCCCGGCCCGGUUCCCACACCCCCCGAGUCCCCUGUACUGGCCGGCUUCCGGGGCGGGUGGAAAGGAGCCACAAGCGCAGCGGUUGUCUCAGCCCCGCCGGCGCUCAGACCACAAUUGUGGGAGCCGCCAUCUUGAGACCGUCCCGCUUCCCCGCCCAGCGCUUAGUGUAGAGGCCGCUCCCUUAACAGCCUCGACACUCGUAAGGAAUAGAGGCGCGCCAGAGGCCAGUGAAACGAGCUUGAGUUUUUGAGGGCUGCUCAGAGACUCGCCCCGUAUGGCUCGUGAGGUCUCGAGAGUCUACCCUUAGUCCGCCUCUGCUGCUUAGGCUGCGCCUGCCGCCCUGGGAGCCGCCAUCUUGAGACUAGCUCCCCCUUCCCCCCUAUUCUCUUCCUCCCGGGUCAGUUCUUCCACUGCAAACCAAACGCAAGGCAGCGUCCGAUCCUCGCUUUCCUCUUUAUGACUUCUUUCCACAGGAGCCGCUUCAAAAAGGCAGAGUUAGGCCCCGAAGUGGCAACUGUACGGCAGGAGGAGCGGUAACGGCAGGGCGCUCAUGCCUCCUCCCUGGGAGCCGCCAUCUUGUGUGAAGAAGUAACAACUAAACAUGGCGGCAGCGGUGGUCGGGCGAGGGGGCGGAGUCGGAUACGUCACUGUUUUUCACCCCCCCCCCCCGCCCUCGCAGGAUUCUCCUCCCGUCCGAGGCCCGUUAAAGGAACUCCGCGCUGCUUCGCGGCAAGAGACCGUGGCCGCUGCACGCUCGGCCUGAGGUCAGGCGGCGCUCGGGUCAGGCACAGGCGCGCCCAGCUCUGUUGCUGCCGAAGCGCGCCUCCACGCCUCCGUCCUGGGAGCCGCCAUCUUUGCCACUUCCCCUCGCCCGGCCGUCCGCGGGCGUCAAUAGCGACUUUCAGCACAAAACAAAGAUGGCGGCUGCGGCAUCUGGGGAAUGCCCGGAUGAGGAUGCCUCAGACGCGGUUGGCCCCGCCCCCUUUGGAACUGCUCCCCGGGUCGCUGACGGAACACUCGCCAGAGGAAUCGUUUUAACUAGCAGUGGGGACAGGGCACAGGUUGCAGAGAGUGGCUGACAGGAGACACUAAAACCAGGCUUCGGAUCAGGGAGUGGACAUUUUCCCUCUCCCCACACGCAGCUGGCUCCAGGGAAGCAGCCCGAAGCCCGCCACGGGGGAGCCGGGGCGGGGCGAGCGUGAGCGAUAACGCAGCCUGGCGCGCGACGCCGGGGGCGGAGCCCUCCCAGGCUCCCAGGCCUCACGCCCCGCCCCCAGGUGGUGGCGCCGCCGAGACCCCGCCGGCGCCCCAAGGAAACUUGCCGGGCUGUCGCGCGCCGGGCCGGCCCCUGCCCCUUUGCCUGCCAGGCGAGCGGCCGGGCUGGCGGUGUUUGAGGCGAGCGGGCGGGCACGGGAAAGGUCCGUGUCGCCCCGCGUCACCUCGCGUCACCCCGCCCCGCCUGCUUCCCAGAGCUCUGGGCCCAGCCCCUCGCGCAGGCGCACAACCACCUUUACGGUCCGCCCUUUUUCAAGAUUUGAAUUUCCCCCAGCAAAGCAAGACAGGCAAAAUACCCGGAUGGUGAUCGCUGGCCUUUUCGCGCCAAUACUGUAAGUUCUCACGACAAUCUUGAGAGGAAGAAGGCAGAACGGGCCUCCACUGGUGCCAACCAAUCAGCAGAACCGCUGCCUUCCUCGGAGCCACUAUCUCCACUGGGGCAAGGUCGCAGCAUCUGCGUCGGAAAUCACGGGGACUUCUUCCUGCUGGCUCAGCUGGGAGGCUGAGGAGUGUUUUGCAAAAAAGAAAAAAAGAAACCGUUUAUCUGAAUUCUGAAAUAAUAGCCGAGGCUGCUGCUCUGUGGAGCUCCCCAUCCUGGGGCCACACCUAAGGUUCCAGAUGAAGCCUGAGUCGGGGCAGGCCCUCUUCCAUGUGGCCCUGGCCAGCUGCUUCUGCAUGGCCACUGUCCACACUGGUAUUUUCGAAUGUGUCUCUGUCCAAGUGGGCUAUGAGCACUAUGCGGAAGCCCCGGUCACCAGCCUCCCUGCCUUUCUGGCCAUGCCCUUCAACUCCCUUGUUAACAUGGCCUAUGUGUUCCUGGGGGUGUACUGGCUGCGGAGCCAGGCCCGUGCCCCAGGAGGCCCUGCAGAGAAGUGGAGGGCUCGCUACCUGAAGGACGUCUUCGCAGGCAUGGCCCUGGUCUAUGGCCCGGUCCAGUGGCUGCGCAUUGGGACGCAGACACGGCCCAGCGCCGUGCUGGACCAGUGGCUCACCUUACCCAUCUUCGCGUGGCCAGUGGCCUGGUGCCUCUGCCUGGACGGGGGCUGGAAGCCCCAGCUCCUCCUGGCUGUCGAGGGCCUCUCCCUGUGCAGUUACAGCCUGGCCCUGCUGCACCCCCGUGGGUUUGAGCUGGCGCUGGGCCUGCACAUUGCAGCUGCUGUGGGCCAGGCCCUGCGCACCCAGGUGCGCCACGGCAACUCUUCCUCGGGAAUGUACUUGGCUCUGGGCGUGCUCUCCUGCCUGGGCUUUGUGGUCCUCAAGCUAUGUGACCAUGAGCUCGCACAGUGGCAUCUCUUCCAGCAGCUCACGGGGCACUUCUGGUCCAAAGUCUGUGACGUGCUUCAGUUCCACUUUGCCUUCCUGUUCCUGACCAGCUUACAUACCUGCCGAAGGUGCCCACCUGCAGAGAAGAUGCGUUCAAGUGUGGGAAGAAGGGGCUUAUGACCGCCAACCCUCUCCCCAGCGUCUACAUGCACUAACUGAUGGCAUUCUGUCAUCAGUGCUCAGUGUCCUUGGUGUGAUGACAUAGGGUGAUGACACGGAAGACUGUCCCUGCCUUCGAAGUUACAGGCUUCAGUAUUAUGAACAUGAGUAUUCAAUUUUGUGAAAUGUUAUGCUUUCUGCAACUUACUUUCAAAGGCUUAGAGCAAAUAUCUAGGGGCUGGGGAUGUGGGGGUCAUUGUACUAGUCUUGUAAUUUUUCUGUGGUUUGAAACUACUCAAAAUAAAGUGUUGGGGGGAAGUGACCCCCAAGAAAUCCA